AUGGCUGCACCGUUUUUCUCGACGCCUUUUCAGCCGUACGUGUACCAGAGUCAACAAGAUGCUGUGGUACCUUUUCAAAUUUUAGGAGGUGAAGCUCAACUGGUUCAGAUAAUGUUGAAGCCAGAAGAAAAGGUUAUCGCGAAGCCUGGUUCAAUGUGCUUCAUGUCUGGGUCGAUCGAGAUGGAAAAUGUUUUUGUUCCUGAAAAUGAAGGAGGCAUGUGGCAGUGGCUUUUUGGGAAGACAGUCAGCAGCAUAACUUUUCGUAAUGCUGGUCAAGGUGAUGGGUUUGUCGGGAUUGGCGCACCUACUCUUGCAAGAGUUCUCCCGAUUGAUUUGGCUAUGUUUGGUGGAGAGAUUUUGUGCCAGCCAGAUGCAUUCCUUUGUUCUGUCAGUGAUGUUAAAGUCAGUAACACAAUUGAUCAAAGGGCACGUAAUGUUAUUCCUGGUCCAGAGGGAUUUCUAAGACAGAAGCUGUCAGGCCGAGGUCUCGCAUUUAUACUUGGAGGUGGAUCUGUUGUACAGAAAAAUCUUGAGGUGGGCGAAGUACUAUCUGUUGAUGUGUCUUGUAUAGCUGCCGUGACUGGAACAGUCAAUAUCCAAAUCAAAUUCAAUGGUACCAUGAGAAGAGCACUGUUUGGCAGUGACAAUCUGGUAACAGCUGUUCUAACCGGGCCAGGCAUCGUCUUCAUUCAGAGUUUACCUUUUCAUCGAUUUUCUCAGCGCAUUGCCAGGGCGGUUACAUCCCCAAACAUGAGGGAAAAUCCAAAGUUCUAUGUGCAGAUAGCCAUUUUCUUUUUUCUGGCAUAUGUUGUGAUUGUAUCUUCCUUAAUCUUGACUGAUGUAUGA